UCUCGUUUAUCACUGUCGUCUUCCACAUUCGUCGCCUUUUCUUCUCCGCUCGUCCGUCGACUUUGUGCCAUUUGUUUUGAAUAUUCCGAGUGAGUUCGACGCGCCCGUAAAAGUCGCAGCGCAUUGCCAAAAAUCGGGGGCCGCCUAUAUAAUAUAAUCUCGUUAACAAGUGUGUGGGCCCGAUUUCGCAUCGAUAUUGUUUAGUUUGUUCGAAACGUAAACACAGCACUCGGUUGUUUAUCGUGCAUUUAAAGUUUCCCGCAAACGGAGGACUGUGCUUUUUCCAGUUGUGCCAGUUAAAAGUAGGAGGCAGCCCAAGUGCAACUAUAGAAGGAAUAUACAGAUAUUCAAGUUAAUACCAAAUCCCUCGUUCACACUGAAUGUCCGAGAAUAGAGGCAUCAUGCUGGCCAAAUCUGUUCAAAAACACGCUGGACGUGCCAAGGAGAAGAUUUUACAAAAUCUGGGAAAAGUCGACUGCACCUCAGAUGAAAUUUUCGACGAUCACCUGAACAACUUUAACCGCCAACAGGCCAGUGCCAACAGAUUACAAAAGGAGUUCAAUAACUACAUAAGAUGUGUUCGAGCUGCACAAACCGCCUCCAAGUCGCUGAUGGACGCCGUUUGCGAGAUCUACGAGCCACAAUGGACCGGCCACGAAGCCCUGCAGGCGCAAACGGGAGCCUCGGAGAGUUUGUGGGCGGACUUUGCGCACAAGUUGGGGGAUCAAGUCCUCAUACCGCUCAACACAUACACGGGACAGUUUCCCGAAAUGAAGAAAAAAGUCGAGAAGCGCAACCGGAAGCUGAUUGACUACGAUGGCCAGCGUCACUCGUUCCAGAAUCUGCAGGCCAAUGCCAACAAGCGCAAAGAUGAUGUCAAACUAACCAAAGGACGCGAACAGUUGGAGGAAGCCAGACGCACCUACGAAAUCUUAAACACGGAACUCCACGACGAGCUGCCUGCCUUAUAUGACUCUAGGAUACUGUUUCUGGUCACCAACUUGCAGACGCUUUUUGCCACAGAAAACGUUUUCCACAACGAAACGGCCAAGAUUUAUUCGGAACUAGAAGCUAUCGUCGACAAAUUGGCCACAGAAUCGCAGCGCGGCUCCAAUACGCUACGCAAACAAACAAGCAAUCCCAUCAAGACAUCGAGUCCAGUGCAGCCGCCAGUAAAUAAGUUAAACAACGCCAACAUCAACAGCAACUAUCAGAAUCAAAUAACCACAAACGGUGGCUCCAGUUUGGCAAACAGCCCGACAUCCACCAGCUCGUCGCUGCAAGAGCCUCGAUUUGAUUCAGUUUCUUCAACACCAGAACCGCCCCCGGAAUCCCCAGCAGCAGCGGUAGCAGCAGCCACGCCCAGUAGUCCCACGGAGAACGGGGUAACCACCAAGUCAGUGGAGCGUCCCGAGUUGAGUGCUCUUAAUGCGAGUGCCAAGGCAACCACAACCACGCAGACGUCGCCCACGGAGGAGAAGGUGGUGGUCAGUGAAGUGAAGCCAUCGCAAACUGAAGGAGCCACAGCCGCAGCAGUAGUAACCACUGCAACACCUGCCCCACCAGCCACACCCGCCCAAGUCAAUGGCAACAACAAUGAACCCUCGAUCCCCAAGGAAGGUGGCAAGCACCCGAAGGAACUGCCAUCCACCACAUCCAAUGCGGAAGCUGCUGCCGAGGCGGCGGCCAAUAAUGGCAAUUCCAUCGAGGAGCACAAGCAGAAGAAAUUAGGUAAUGACACAACAGCAACAGAAACAGAAACAGUCACCCAGCACUUAGCUACAUCAACAGAUACAGAUAAAGUAGUAACCAAAUCAGAUACAGAUACAGAUACUAAGAGCAGCACAGGCACAAGUCAGAAAGGUAGACCAGUACCAGUAGUUAAUAGGCACAGCGUAAAUAAUCUUAAUAAGAAUCCGUUCGAGGAUGACGACGAUCGCAUCUACGAGGUGCCCGCUGAUGCCAAUACCGCCGACUUGCCGCCCGGCGUCCUUUAUCGGGUUAAGGCCACCUACGGCUACGUUAAGGAGGAUGUGGACGAGCUUAGCUUCGAGAUCGGAGACCUUAUUCGCGUUAUUGAGUACGACGAUCCCGAGGAUCAGGAGGAGGGCUGGCUGAUGGGUCAGAAGGAGGGCACCACCGAGAAGGGACUCUUCCCCGCCAACUUCACGCGCCCCAUCUGAAGUGGCCAACUGCGGGUCAACUGGGCUAGCAACGAACCAACAACAACUUCAGUUACACCAUAAAACACUUUUCGAACGGAGAUCCCAAUCCAAACUUUCGGCCAAAUUUUCUUUGUGAGCGCUGCUUUCGUUUUUGUCCAGUUAAUAAAUUCUUGUUUUGUGAAAUGUAUUCGGGAUUGGCAGCCCAAUCGAGGGAUUGUUCGAGCAGUGCUUCCAACAAAAAUUGUUAUUGUUAACGAGACCCAACACCACACAAAGAAGAACGCAGAUAAGGAACGAGAGAGAAUAUUUUGGAAAUGUUUCAAACAUUAUUUUUUAGUUCUAAGUUUCAACAAAAUCUAAAGCAUAAAACUACGUAUACAUAUAUUAUUUGUUAAUCCUAUUAUUGUGCUCAUAAUUAAUGCGAUCAAAACGUAUCUAAUUUGUAAUUUGUUAAAUGCAAUCCACAAAUGAAACGCAUAUCACUCGAAAGCCAGAGUAA